UGUAAAAUCAAUACAUUCAUCGUUUCACUCAGAAUCUAAAAAUAGUGUAUAUAUUUGAUCCACUACAUCUUUUAAUAGCCACCAGAAAUAUGUCUCAUCAACAUAAUUUUAAGUACAAUAAUGAAUUAAUUGAAAAAAAACAUUUGGUUUCAUUUUAUAAUCAAGACAGUAAAAGCAAUCGUCGCACAGCCCCUAAAAUAACUUAUUCUCAUAUAUUUCUUGGGCCUUUUGAAAAAUUGCGCGUCUAUUUAGCGGCACAGGUGUUUAGUGAGAGUGUCGCAGCUGGAAUGCUAGUUUCCUUACAAUCAAGCAACUUACCUGAUACUUCAUUACCUACAAUUAAUUUCAUUCAAAAUAUGGAUAAACUAUUUGACAUAUUCAAUUCAUCUAAACGACCUGCUUCAAAAAAUUUUAAUAGACCUUUUAAAAAUACUGGUGCCCAAAUUUCCCAUUUAAAAUUUAUGGAGAAUUUUUUUAAGAUAUUGCAAGUGUUUAACAAAAAAACAAAUGUUCAAGUGACGAACCAAAUUAACUUUAUCAGAGGUUUGUUAAUUUCAAUCACUGGUUUGUUUCAAUUGUGGGAGUCACUAAAAUGUACUAAUACUGAUGAGAGUUAUGUUUUGAAUACAAAUCGAAUCAAGCAGGAUAGAUUAGAAAAUUUAUUUGGCACAUUUCGCACCCAACAUAAUGGUAAUAAUAUUAAUCCAUCUCCCAUACAAUUCAUCUGGUCAUUUAAACAAAAUUUUUGGUUUAGUUAUUUUACCCACUUGGACAAUGCCAAUGACAUAGCAGACUUAGAUGAAAUUUUAUCUAAAAUAAAUACUGAUCCUUUUAAUGAAGAAACAAUAAAAAUAAUAUUUCAAGAGAAAAAUCCAUUUAAAUUUAAAAAUACACUUAAAAUAGAUACCCCAAAUUAUAGGAAUUUAUUGAUGCCUGAGAAAAAUGCUUUUAUAUAUGUUUGUGGGUUUUUAAUGAAAAAAUGUAUUGAUAAACAUAGUUGCGAAGUUUGUAUUAAUUAUGCAAAAUUCCAAAAAAAAUUAGAUGACUCCUUUUUAUUAUGUCAUUUUAAAGCAUAUGAAAAUUCAGAAAAGUCAAUGUUUGGAAAUUUAAUGAUGCCGCAACAUGAAUUUUUUGAUUUUAUAGAUGAGUUAGAAAACAUUUUUAUAAAUAGGUUUCCACAAUUAUCAAUUGAAAAUGAAGUAGGUAUUAAGUUAGAGUUAAACAUGACUAAUGUUAUAUUUCAACAUCCGUGUCCACUAUUUAGUAAUGAGUACUUAUAGUUAAUUAUUUUAUAAGAUUUAGGAU